AUGACUGGUCUUGAUCUCAUCUUGGGAUUGGAUUGGUUAUCCAAGAAUCAUAUUUUGCUCGAUUGUUCUGAGAAAUCAGCACAGUUUAUGCCGGAAGGGUCAGAAGCACCAGUUAUGGUGAAUAGUUAUUAUUUGAAUUCUAUGAUAGUAAACUGUUCUGAAACUAAAUGUCUGAGUAUUUUGUUAUUAACUACGGGAGUAUCAGGUGAUGAUCAGAGUUUAAAACGGAUUCCGGUUGUGUGUGUAUUUCCAGAUGUGUUUCUGGAUUAUAUUAAUGAAUUUUCACCUAACCGAGAGGUCGAAUUUGCAAUUGAGUUGGUGCCUGGAACCGAUCCAAUUUCGAUUACUCCUUAUAGGAUGUAA